AUGAGCCGGGCGCGGGGGGCGCUGUGCCGGGCCUGCCUCGCGCUGGCCGCGGCCCUGGCCGCGCUGCUUCUGCUUCCGCUGCCACGCGCGCCUGUCCCUGCCCCGGCCCCCGCCCCGGCUCCCGGCCCGCGCGCGCCCCCCGCCCGGCCCGCCGCCCCGCGCCUGCGGCCCGACGACGUCUUCAUCGCAGUCAAGACAACCCGGAAGAACCACGGGCCGCGCCUGGACCUACUGCUGCGCACCUGGAUCUCCCGGGCCCGCCGGCAGACAUUUAUCUUCACGGAUGGGGAUGACCCUGAGCUACAGCGCCAGGGAGGCAGCCAUGUCAUCAACACCAACUGCUCGGCCGUGCACACCCGCCAGGCACUGUGCUGUAAGAUGUCAGUGGAGUACGACAAGUUCAUCGAGUCUGGGCGCAAGUGGUUCUGCCACGUGGAUGACGACAACUACGUGAACCCCAGGGGCCUGCUGCAGCUGCUCUCUGCCUUCUCACCAAGCCAGGACAUCUACCUGGGGCGGCCCAGCCUGGACCACCCCAUUGAGGCUACCGAGAGGGUCCAUGGAGGUGUCACUGUAACCACCAUCAAGUUCUGGUUUGCAACUGGGGGUGCUGGGUUCUGCCUGAGUAGAGGCCUUGCCCUCAAGAUGAGCCCAUGGGCCAGCCUGGGCAGCUUCAUGAGCACAGCGGAGCGGGUGCGGCUGCCGGACGACUGCACCGUGGGCUACAUUGUGGAGGGGCUGCUGGGCGCCCGCUUGCGGCACAGCCCCCUGUUCCACUCCCACCUGGAGAACCUGCAGAGGCUGUCGCCAGACACCUUGCUCCGGCAGGUCACCUUGAGCUACGGGGGCCCUGAAAACCCACGUAACGUGGUGAACGUGGCGGGCGGCUUCAGCCUGCAGCAGGACCCCACACGGUUUAAGUCCAUCCACUGUCUUCUCUACCCAGACACAGACUGGUGUCCUGUGCAGAGCCAGGGUGACCCGCCUGCUGGUGACCCCUGACCCCCAGCUUGGGGUGCAGUUCUGACACUGCCCCAGAAAGAAGGGGUGGGGCUGACUCCUCUGGGCCUUGGUUAGUGCCCCCAGGCAGCCUCGGCCCUGGCCGCGCCCAUGUCAGGGAGACACCAGGGCUGGCCCGAGGACCUCCCUGGCAGGCCCUGGCGGGCCCGGUGACCAGGCACUUUGGGAGAGAGGACUGUGCUGCCUGCCCUGCCCAGGGGUCCAGGCUCUGUGGGGUAAGAACCGCAGAACAGCCAGGAGAGGGGCCACCGCCCUCCUCUGGGCUGGGCCCCAGAGGUUUGCUUCGCAGGAAAGGUCUGCGUCCUAGGGCCUUGGGGCUUGGGCCCGGACUGCAGCCCAGGGUGGUGGGUGGGAGCCUUCCGCCGACCGCAGGUGACUACCCAGGCCUUACCUGCUGGCCCCAUCAGCAAACUCCCCUCCCCACACCUGGCACAGGGCCCAGCCAGGCUGUCAGGGUCUCGAGGGGAGCCGCACUUGAGGACUUGGGGCCCCCUGGCAGCCACGUUCUUGGGUGCAGCCGCCUUACUGGGGGCUUGAAGAUGCCCCUCUGUGCCCCGACUCGUGGCUCAGCCCUCCCCUCUCCUCCCCCGGCUCUAAGCCCGCAGAGCAGGAGCCUCUGGUUUGGGGCUCAUCAGCUGAUGCGCCCCAGCUGCACCUUCCCCGAGGAGGAGACCUCGCAACUGGGAGGGGCCGGCACCUCCCUCUGGUCGCUGCAGAGCUCUGGCCAGGCGAGAAUAAAGGCUUGAUGGUGA